UGGCUCUCUUUGAUCAAACGUUAAGAUGAGAGAGUUAGUAGCUAGGACUUACAUUUUAAUCCUUUAACCCCUUUUAGCUCUUUUUUUCCUACUUUGAGACGUGACCCAGAAAGCCUUCCAAACUCUUUCAACCAAGGGAGUCUGCAAUUUCUCCCACGUUUCACUCUCUCCUAGCUACUUUUCUUUUCUUCACUAAACUCUAUCUAUCCCCUCCAUCCUUCCUUGCUUCUCCAAUCUCUUCCUUGUAUAACAUGGCCAACACACUUAACAAAGCUCUCACUACCGUCUUCUUCUUCUCCUCCAUAAUUCUCAGCAUCUUUGUUCAAACAAAGCAAGAUAACCCAUGUCCAUAUCCAUGUUACCCUCCACCAACAGGCAGCGGCGGCGGCGGCACGGUCACUCAAACACCUCCGGCUAGUUAUUCACCACCUUCACAAACAGGACUAUACCCUCCACCAGGAACUUCCUACCCUACACCAACAGGGAACCUACCAUAUUACCCACCACCACCUUAUGGUAAUACUUUAUACGGUCAGCCCCCUCCAGACCCUAUCUUGCCUUAUUUCCCAUACUACUACAGGAAACCUCCAUACAGAACAGAUGAUCAAUCAUCAGCAACAAGUAGUCCUGGAAAAUCAGUGAUCAUGAUUGCAACCACAAAUCUUCUUGUAUUUUUUUUUCUAGUUGUUUCUGUUUGUUUUUAAGCCAUGUUAACUUCUAUCAUGUUUAGUGAUAGGAAUUAAAAAUGAGUUUGUGAAUGUGUUUUUUAGUGGUUGAAAAAAGGUGUAGGAAUGGUGAUGAAGUGAAAGACAAAGGAAUCAAAGAGGCGGUGGUGGCCCAGGCACCUUACUCUUUUUGUUUGGUAAUGAAGGAGAUGAGGAUGUUUAUUUUUGUUUCCUCUUAA